AAUUUUUAGAUAUUGAUAAAAAUCAAUCAUGAUAAUUUUUCGCAAUUAAAUUUCCACGACAAUUUUUUUAUUAUUAAAAAUUAUAUAAAUAUUAAAAAAAAAAACAGAAAAAGAAAUAUUUCCAAAAGAAAAUCGAAAUUUUCCUUUGUAAAAACGAAAAAAAGGGAAACGAAACUUUUUGAAUAAAAAAAAAAAGGAGAAUGAAACCAAAAACAAUUGGAAUUUUUCUUAUCAUUUUUCUCACAUUAGUAACGAAAACUUGGACUAUUCUACGAAGAAUUAUACCGACAAUAUUGGAAAUUCAAGAAGGUGAAGAUAUGCAAUUGCAAUUAUUGUCUAAUUUAAAUGAUGAGAAUGCAUCGUGUUAUCUUCGUACACCAUGGCAUGAGGAUAUAAAUUUAAAAAUUGAAAAUGAAUUUCCCGAGGACAAUCGAAUACGUUAUUGGUCAAUAAAUAAUCAUUGUGGCGUUAAAGUUUCAAAUGUUGGUAAAAAUGAUGAAGGAUGGUGGAGAUUGACUGCAAAAAAUUCUAAUGAAACACUAAAAGAUGCAGUUAAUGUAAAAAUAUUAGAUAAAAUUAAUUUGAUAGAAAGUAAAGUUUCCAUUCUCAGUGGAUUGGAAUAUCAAUUGAUUUUAGCCCAAAGAAGCAAAUUUUGCAAAAUAAAUCAUCCUUCAUUGAAAAAUGAAUUUAUUGAUGUUGCGGAUGAAAAUUGUAAAAUUGAUUUAAAUAAACCGACAGUAGCGAAUGCAGGAAAAUGGAAAGCGGAAGUUGGAGUAAAAGGGAAAAUUGAUGAAAUUCCUGCGAUUGUUGAUGUUAAUGUUUCACCUCAAGAGCAACUUAUCUCUGGCUAUAAGCAAGAAUCACAAUUUUUACAUAUUUAUUGUAAUCUUUCUAAUUAUGAAUAUGAACCCGAUCUCUGUCGAUUUACGCAAAUUAAACAAAAUGAGAUAGCAUUUCAAUUGUCCGAGGGAUUGAGAAAAGGAAGAUAUGGUUAUUAUGGAAAUGGUCUUGAAAAUAGAGAAUGCGGUUUAACAAUAGAAAAUCCUUUGGCUGAUGAUUUUGGAACAUGGCAUUGUUUAACGGGAAAAAUUGGCAAAAAUAUUUUAGGUGCUUAUAUAAUUGUUCCUGGUCUUAUAAAAAGGGGAAUUUUUAACGAUAUUAUAAUUUCAAAAUCAAUGAGUCCAGUUAUAACAACUCUUACGGGUGAAUUAAUUCUCGAAUGUUCAGCACACGUUCCCCUUCGAUAUUGUUGGUUCUCAGGACCAAAUAAUACAAUUUUAACGCCAAGCGAUACUGGUGAUGCUAUUUUUUACAGUUUUUUCGGCAUGAAACUGGGAAGUGGAGAAUGUAGUGUGAGUAUAAAAAAAGUUGAAAAAAUUCACAAUGGUACAUGGACUUGUCAUAUGGGACCAGAUGAUCCUAAUUUUGAAUACACUGCCAAUAUUGAUGUUCGUAUUUCGGAAACUCCAUUAGCAGCGAUAAAUAAAACAAUUUGGAUUCAAAAUUUAGGAGACGUUGUGAGUCUUCAAUGUAAAGUUGUUCCAAAUAUAGUUGCACUUAAAUAUUGCCGAUUUUUUUCACCAUCUGGCAUUGGAAUUCAUAUUAAUGAAAAUAUUAGAGAAAACAGUGCCCUUGAGCAUGGAAAAACAAAAAUUUGGUUCAGUGGCAAUACCACAAAAAGGGGUGAUUGUGGAAUUACGUUAAAAGAUAUAACUAUAGAAGAAAUUGGAAUUUGGAAAUGUGCCGGAAGAUUAGAGGAAACUGACGGAAAUAAAGAGGUUUUUGAUACAAUUCACAUUUUCCUUAAACAAGCGGAAAGUGAAAAUCUAACUGUCGGUGCAAGUGUUGGAUUAUCAAUAGGUGUAAUUGGUAUUUUAAUGAUAAUUACAUUUGGAAUUUUAUAUUUAAAUAAAAAAUAUAAAACAUAUUGUCAGCGACAACAAAUAAAUCAGCCUUCGCAAAUAUCAUCGGAGGAAAAUUCUCCCAGAGUUUCACAAGGAAUGGAACUCGUUACUUUACAAUUUAAUAAUUAAUUAAUACAUUAAUAAAAAAUACGAAUAUAGUAAUUGAAAAAAAAA